AUGGCCCCCGUCGUCGUGCCGCGCAAGACGCCGUGGUCGACCCACCUCGAGUUCCACCUCGUGUUCGACCGCCUGUUCAACUCGGACGGCGACCCGACCCUCCAGCGCGACGCCAUCACCCGCAUCCGCGUCUGGCUCGACCGCGGCAACUGCCCGCACCCGGUCGAGACGACGGCCAACCUCGUCGCCCUCGUCCUGCGCGACUCGGCACCCUCGUCGUCGUCGUCGUCGUUCAACUUGGCCGCGCUCGAGGGCGACCUCCGCCUCGCGUACGCCAUGGCCAUCGUCCGUGCCUUCGUCAACUCGCUCGUCGACCCGCUCCAAACGGCCUACUUCGCGCGCUCGAUCGCCUCGCUCGCCGCCCAGCUCGGCCUGCCGCUGUGGUUCGUCGAGCUGCGCCACCAGGCGACGCACGAGGACCUGCCCCGCCUGUCGGUCCUGCGCGACGCCGCACGUCAGGCCCUCGACUGGUUGUACGCCAACUACUGGCUGCCGGCCCUCUCCUCCCUCUCCUCCUCUUCAACCUUGUCGCCGCUCGCGUCCCUCCCGCCCUUGUCCCUCUCGACCCUCCGCCCUCACCUCCUCACGACCUACAAGGCCCUCCUCAAGUCGUCGACACGCGACGCGUCGCUCGCAGGCCGCCUGCGCGCCGACAUCCACAAGUGCUACCGCGACAUCGAGCGAUGGGUCGCCGAGAACUCGCUCGGCGGCGGGCCGAGGGGCCGAGAGGGCGCUGUGUCGGCGGAAAAGGCGAGGGAGAGGGCGCUCGAGGGCGUCGCAGAGGUGCUGUGGUCCGAGGGCGGGCUCGUUCCGCUCGCCAAGAAGAAGCGCCCGACCCCUCGUGCGCCGUCCCUCCCGUCGGACCUCCUCGCCGUUUGGACCCCUCUCCUCGCGCACCUCGACACGGUCUACGACGGCCAGCUCUCGCCCCUCAUCGUACGCCACGGCCUCGACCUCCUCACGUCGCCGACGUCCGCCAACGAGCUCGACCGCUCGUACGUCGCGACCGUCGUCGCGUGGUGCUGCGAGCUUCUGAGGGACGCGCCGGUCGAGGCGCCGGCGAGCGUGGACGAGGACGACGACGAUGAGGAGGACGCGACGGCGAGCGUCAAGGGCGUCAUCAAGGCGUGCCUGCUUGCGCGCACCGCACCCGCCCUCACCCUCGUCGAGGCCCUCCUCGCCUCGCGCUCAGCCACCACGCCCGAGGACGACCCGGCGCACGCGACGCUCGUCACGCUUCAGGAACGCGUCGCGCCGCUCGUCCAGCUCGCGCGCGCUCAGCUGCACGCCGCCAACGGCGACUUUACCCAACCCCUCGACGCCGACACCGCCGCACCUCGCCUCGACGCCCUCGAGGCGCAAAUCGACGCCGCACCCGCCGCCGCACCUCCUCCCGCCGCGACCACCUCGUCCUCCUCCCACGACGGCGCCGCCCCCUCGGCGGCGAUGCAGCUCGACGCGCUCCCGUCGUCGCUCGGCGGCGACGAGUGGCCCCCUCGUGUGCAGGGGUGGAAGGCGCGCCCGGUUGGGGCAUUCCCUCGCGGUGGGGUGCUCGCGCUCGACUUGCCGGCCGUGCCCCUGCAGGGGGUCGCGGUCGCGUGA